AUGCUCUUUAUUUACAUCACUGCCUCGAAAUUCAGCUAUAUGUACCUGACCCAAAUCAACCAGGCGAUGGCUUAUAAGGCGCACAUUAAUCGUUUGAUGCGCCAUCGAUGCCGCCUGAUUGGUCUCAACUCAACUGAUCCAGGCUCCAUUAGCGGAACUGGGCUUUCUAUGGGCGCCAUGUACUGGCAGCUGAACGAUGUCUGGUCAGCACCCACUUGGUCGACUUUAGAUGCCACUGGACAGUGGAAGAUGGCGCAUUACCAGGUAAGAGGAAGUGGUUUACCGAGGUAUAAACUAACUUCACCAAUAAGAUCUAAUUGA